AUGUCCAAGUACGCGGACCCGGAAUACUGGGAGGAGCGUUACCGCAGUAAUGAUACCACCUUUGAUUGGUAUGUGACCUUCGACACACUUGAACCCAUUCUUCGCCCAUUACUACAACCCGCAGAACAAAUCCGAGUAUUGGUGGUUGGCUGUGGAAACAGUAGACUCUCUGCGAGUUUAUAUGAACAAUUGGGAAUUCGUAAAAUUACAAAUGUGGAUGUUUCUCCUACCGUAAUUGCUCAAAUGCAAAGAAGAUAUAAAGGUAUGGAUGAGAUGUUGUGGGUUGCCUGUGAUCUUCUUCAAACCCCACCAGAGAAAUUAUUACCUUUAUUAUGUCCAAAUGAUUAUUUGUAUGAUUUUAUUAUUGAAAAGGGAUUGGUGGAUGCUACCCUUGGUGGACAUAACUCCUUCCAUAAUCUUUACACCCUUACAAAGAAUUUAUCUCGUUUGUUAAAGAAAGGUGGUCGUUUUCUUUCCAUUUCAUAUGGAUCCCCGGAAACCCGUUUAGAUCACUUCCGUCGGCGUAAACUCUUCUUUGAUGUGGAGCAUCGUACAGUGGAAAAGCCAAUGUUCAGCAGCACCGCGAAGCCAACGGGGCAUUAUCAUAUUUAUAUAAUGACGAAACUCGGGGAUAAACAAUCGGCGGCGGCGGCAGCGGCGGUGGAUGAUGUUGACGGGACAAUUGGCAGCGGCGAUUCGGAUGAAGAAGAUGACUUUUACGAUCGCUUCAUGACGCAGACGGCAUCAGCAGCAGUGGCGUCUGGAAUGGAACACCCACCAGUGCAGUAA